GUUUUGUGUGCGGCAUGUGAGAUUCCCUCAUGUGUACGAAUGGUUUGCAAACACUCCCCAUGGCUUGGUGCACUUUUUUAAAAUAAUUAUAUUUUGCAUUUUGCUGCUCUCUCAGAAAACAUAGGAGCCAGACCAAAGUCGAAAAAACAUUUGCAAAAACAGGCGAACUAGCGACAACAGCAGCAGCAAGCACAUGACAAAAGCAGUGAGCGUCUUUCCCACUAACAUUGAUUGCCAGGAUGAGGAAUUCGGAGCCGGUGCUCAAGGACAAGACUAAGGUCGCCGCCAAGUCCAACAUCAGCGCCGCUGCUGAUUCUGUCACACCAGCAGCUACCGCAAUUUCUGUUGCAACUAAAACUGCCGCCGACGCCGCAUCUUUUACAGAAAGUGCACAGCAGAGUUGCAACCAGCAGAUGCCUAUUCAGCCACAGUUUGCCGAUAGCAUCCGGCGGAUAGGGGAGGAAAAGGACUGGUCUAAGCGAAAGAUUUCCCGCAUAAUUAAGCAGCAGCUGCAGGAUGAGCUAUCUGAGCGAAAUUGGGAGCAGCACGUUGCCAGGCUGAGAGGCUGGUCGCGGGGCAAGAUUGAGCGCAGAAUCAGACAGAGGAUAGGCGAUGAGUUGGCUGCCCAGCAGCAGCAGCAGAAUGGUCAGCAGCAGCAGGAGCAGUGCACAAUGGAAAACUGCUCGCAAACCUUCAGGGCUGACGGAACCAAGAUCAAGAAUGGCGAAAGAGUGCCAUCAGACAGACGGAAAUGGAAUCGCGACAUGGCUGCGUCUACAGCGACGCUCAAGCCGAAGCCCAAGACUAAGCGUGUGCGACAGCACUGA